GAGGGGGAGGCGGGAGAAGGAGCCCUAAGCGCCCGGCGGCUGCCCAGGGGUCCUACUUACCCAGCGGAGCCGGGGCCAGAUGAAGCAGCCCCCGGCGGCGAGGUAGCCUCUCCAGCGCCCCCAGCCCCAUGAAGCGCAUCUAGCGGAGGAGGAGAAGAGAAGCCAGAGCCGAGCCCGUCUCACUCGCACCGGCCCCAUGGCGAAGGAGAAGCCCAAGAAGGCUUUGCAGGAGCUGCUCCAGAGACCGGGCAACCAGCUGUGCGCGGACUGCUCUGCCCCCGAUCCAGAAUGGGCAUCCCAUACCCUAGGAGUGUUUAUCUGUUUAAAUUGUUCAGGGAUCCAUCGGAAUAUCCCACAAGUCAGCAAAGUGAAAUCAGUUCGUUUAGAUUCCUGGGAUGAUGCUCAAGUUGAGUUUAUGGCUGCAAAUGGAAACAAUGUAGCAAAAGCAAAAUAUGAAUCCAAAAUACCACCAUUUUAUUACAAGCCAACAUUUUCUGACUGUCAACUGCUACGAGACCAGUGGAUCAGAGCCAAAUAUGAAAGAAAAGAAUUCAUUUACACUGAGAAGCAAGAGCCUUAUUCUGCAGGGUACAGAGAAGGGCUUCUUUGGAAGAGAGGACGUGACAACGGGCAGUUCUUAAGCCGGAAAUUUGUGUUAUCAGAACGGGAAGGUGCUUUGAAGUACUUCAACAAAAAUGAUGCAAAAGAACCCAAAGCAGUUAUGAAGAUUGAACAUUUAAAUGCGACUUUCCAGCCUGCAAAAAUAGGGAACCCACAUGGACUACAAAUUACUUAUUUGAAGGACAACAGCACAAGGAAUAUCUUUGUCUAUCAUGAAGAUGGCAAGGAAACAGUGGAUUGGUUCAAUGCCAUCCGUGCAGCACGGUUUCAUUAUUUACAAGUGGCAUUCCCUGGAGCUAGCGAUGUUGAUUUGGUGCCAAAGCUUUCUAGGAACUAUCUGAAGGAAGGUUACAUGGAGAAAACUGGACCAAAGCAAACAGAAGGUUUCAAGAAGCGAUGGUUCACCAUGGAUGACCGAAGGCUAAUGUAUUUCAAAGAUCCUCUGGAUGCUUUCGCUAGAGGGGAAGUAUUUAUUGGGAGCACGGAAAACAGCUACAAGGUCCUGCAAGGACUCCCACCCUCCACCCAGGGAAAUCACUGGCAGUAUGGGAUUACCAUUGUGACCCCAGACAGAAAAUUUCUCUUUGCUUGUGAGACAGAAAGCGAUCAGCUGGAAUGGAUUGCGGCUUUUCAGAAAGUCAUAAGCAGGCCAAUGCUGCCUCAGGAAUAUGCAGUGGAAGCCCAUUUCAAGCAUAAACCUUAGCUGGGACCGGAGCAGCGGACCCAAGGAAUGAGAUUAUGUUUACAACACAAGAUAGUUUUAUUUGAAAUGUUUAAAAAAAGAAAAGAAAAUUAGAAAAAAGUCAUUCACUUAAUCCUGUUGGAAGCCAAGAAGUCAGCAACAAACGUCACAUAGAAGCUGCUGAGCCAUAGCAGAAACAAACUUUGCACUUCUCUAGGUAGGCGCUGUGCAGCCCUUGUUUACAGCACUAUCUCAUGCUCCUUCAUAGGCUAAUUCCAUUUUGUGUAUCUCACUACAUUAGGUAAAGAAUUACCACAACAGACUGAGCUUGUUGUCAGCAUGGUAGAUACUGAAUGAUGUGCACCAGGAUGCCCCUAGGUCUGUGCUAACUUGUAAUAACAACACAACUCGGUCCAGAAUGCUUUGUGAAAUGGGUGACUGUGUUCAGUAAGUAGCAUUUUCACAGGGUAUUAAUGAGUGACUUGAAAACAUUAAUGGCACAUCCCCAAGGUAUGGGACUUGACAGUCUGCAAAUAUGGUCAAUGACUAGAAAUAACAGAUGCAAAACAUGCCAUUGAAUAUGGAAAUUAGCAACUUAGCUCUUAAUAAGAAGGGGAAAAAGUGCUUCAUAUUAUCUCUCAUCUACAUAGAUCUCUUCAAAUACCAGUUAUACUAAUGACGACUGGGUUUUGACUACUUGCCUUUUCUCUUCUGUCGUGAUUCAGUAGUUAAGAUCAGGAAUGGUUCUAAUUUGGUCCUAGUUUUUCCAAUCUGAACUUUCCCAAAGUCCUGGAGAGUUUGGACCUGUUAUUGUCACAGGGGCAAAUAUGUGAAGUUCUGCACUAAAUCUGAACUCUCUCAAAGUCCACAUCUCUGGUCUUGCUCUCAGUCUCUAGUUUAGGCACAUUAGUAUUCAUGAAAUCUUCUCUUUGUGGGGCCAGUGUGUUUGAACUCAAUCAGGGUUUUCCCUGGUGAGCUCACUGUCCCAACUAUCUUUUUACAAAGCAUUUUCUUAUCCCCAAGAGAUCACGCAGUCCUAACUGAAUAUAGAGCACAAGCUUAAAACACAGAGUAAAAAAAUUUCAUUGUCUUUAAGUGAAGGGAAUGUUAAAUUAUAAUCAGAAACGGGAGUUUGAAGGUAACAGUGAAUCAGAAAGCAGUAUUUAUGUACAUAUAUGGUGUAAAUGCUUUAAAAAGCAAACACAUAUACUGCUCUUUAGGUGCUUAAAUUAAGGGUUCCAAAUGGUAAAUUGUCUCUAUGUUAUUCCAGUGUAUUCUGGACAGGGUCUCAGACAAGGUUUCCUGUAAGCUGUGUGCUUGUGUGGCCACUCAGGAGAGUUCCAACUGCCACCAGCUGAUUAGAGCACGCACAGCAAGGUUUUUGUUUCUACUGGAAGUGCACAUUCACACACGUGUUGGUGCACAUAACAAAAAUUAUUCUGCACAUGGUUGGAAAAAGUCCACACAUGGAUGGAAAAGACUAGAGGGAGCAUUGGUGCCAGCUGCUUCCUUUUUUAUUCUGCGUGGUGAUAAAGUGACUCUUUUGCUUUUGUUUAAAGUGUGGUGAUGAGGAAAUGAUUUGGCAAGAAAUCUUAUUGACUCCAAAGGCUUAGGGGAACAUUCUCCUCACGCCAUCAUGUGGCUCACUGUUGCAUUAAGUUAUCAUUUGAAGCAAAGAGUUUUCACUGACAUCCAGGAUGCUUGUGUCAGAGGUGUGCAGUGUACCUUGGAGAAAUGAACUUAGCCCACACUUGGAACCGAAUCCAUGAAAGACUUGAUCCUGCUUCCCUUGCACAAUGGAAAUGCCUUUGCACUCUAGUGGGAGGGUAAGGAAUGCAGGAUGGGGAGUAUAUUUAAGGCAAGAUUUAAAGUGUGACUUAGUACAGAUGCCCAGUUCCUUGUGAAUUGCCAGUGCCUGUUCAGGGUCUUAACAUGCUCACUGUCUCAGCAUUUCUUCUGUUGUGGAGAGGCUGGGCCACAUGAGGUACUAGCCAAAACAAAGGGCUAUAGCAGCCAGAUGUCCUUAUGAUGUACUGUAAAAGUACACAAUUGCUAUGUUUUGAAGAAUAUUGCAUGUGCCCUUCCGCAGAAGCUCAGGCAAAAUGGCAGGUGAAAUAGUUCUGCGUCCAUGGUCUUGUGAUGUGUAAAUGUUGCUAAUAACUCUGUCAAGCUAUCCUAAAGGUGAAUUUAUAACUAAUUUAGUGCCAGUGACCAUAACAUCUUGUCAGUAAUGGCAGGCCUGUACGCAGGGUGUGUGUGAGGGAUGGAGUCCCAAGUAAGAGUGGGGGGGGGGGGGAGGAG